UACCAUUUCCACUAACUCCUUGGACAAAUCCCUGCAGCAGCUAGAAUGCUAUUUCACAUGGGCUUUGGAGGAGGAGGAUGUGGAUCUCGAAGACCUAGAGUACACAACAGGUAAUCAGACCGAGUUUUUAAACACGAACAGCAUUGCAAGUUAUAAUCUACUAGCCUAUAUAUGCCACCUUAAGAAUUCAAAUGAGGAAGCCCUGAGAAAUCUCCAAAAAGCUGAAGAAGAAAUUAAGAAAAAAUAUCCCGAUGAAAUGGACAGGAGAAGUCUUGUUACCUGGGGCACCUAUGCCUGGAUCUAUUACCACAUGGGGAGAUAUGAAGAAGCUCAAACUUAUGUAACCAAAGUGGAAAACAGCUGCAAAAACCUUCCAAGUACUGCCGAAUGGAAGAUUCAUCUUCCGGAGAUCCAUGCUGAGAAAGGAUGGGCAUUAUUAAAGUUUGGGAAAAAGUACUACGAGAGAGCCAAGACGAGCUUUGAAAAAGCUCUGCAGCAUGAACCCAACAACCCGGAGUUCAAUGCGGGCUAUGCCGUCGCGGCGUAUCGCCUGGAAGAUUUUACCCAGCGGCGCUCUGAAGACGCAAGCCUGUCCCUCGGCCUCCUGAAGCGUGCGGUGGAACUGAACCCAGAGGAUACUUUCGUCAUGGUGGUACUUGCAAUAAAGCUUCAGGACAUAGAGCGGGACGAUGAAGGGGAAAGAUACAUUGAAGAAGCAAUGCAGAAAACCCCUUCUCUUCCUUACGUCCUGCGAUAUGCUGCCAAAUUUUACAGAAAGAAAGGAGAAGUGGACAAGGCACUGGAGAUUUUGGAAAAGGCCCUGACAAUGAUGCCGAAAUCUGUCUUUUUGCAACACCAGCUGGGACUCUGCUACAGAGCAAAGCUGAUUCAGUUGAAAAAGACCACAAGGUAUCCCCCUCAAGAGCAAAUGGAUGAACUCAUCCAACAUGCCAUUUUUUAUUUUAAAACAGUGAUUGAACAAAAGACAAAAUUUUUUUCUGCCCAUGUCGACCUAGCAGGCAUGUAUGCAGAAGCAAAGAUGUAUGAUGAAGCAGAAGAGACAUUUCAGAAACUAUCAUCUCAGAUAAAUAUUCUGUCUGAUGAUGAUAAACAGCAAUUCUUCUACUGUUAUGGCAAUUUUCAGCGUUUUUGUAUGAAAUCGGAUUCUAAAGCCAUUAGGUAUUACAUAGAAGGGCUGAAAAUUAACAAAGAUCCUUAUAUCUUUGAAAGGUGCGGGAAUGCUCUGAAGACAUUGUUAGAAAGGAGAAUUCGUAGAGGUUCAGGAGAUGCAACGGAUUUUGGUACACUUGGAUUCGUUCAUAAUCUAAAUGGUGAGAAACGUGAAGCAAUAGAGUGCUAUGAGCAAGCGGUUGCGUUGUGUCCUGACAAUGAAGAAUAUCUAAGUGCAUUAUGUGAGCUGCGACUUUCCAUCUCAAGCUAA